AUGACGAGUGAAGAAGUAUAUCGACCCAAAAAGAAAAAGUUUGGAUUGGGUACUGCUUUAUUAUGCACCAUCCCUUUUGUUACGUUUGGAUUAGGAACAUGGCAAGUUCAACGUUUACGUUGGAAGGUCAAUUUAAUAUCUACUCUUGAAGAUCGACUCGAUAGAGAUCCGAUUCCUUUACCAAAACGUAUAAACCCUGAUGUACUUGAGGAAUAUGAAUAUCGAAAGGUUUAUGCAAAAGGACAUUAUAGACAUGAUGAAGAGGUUUUAUUAGGUCCAAGGACGAGAGGAGAUGGUAAUGUAGGUUAUUUUGUCAUUACACCUUUUGAAAGAGAUAAUGGAACAACGAUUUUAGUGAAGCGGGGUUGGAUUGCGCCAGAAAAAAAGGAACAAAGUACAAGACCCGAGAGUUUAGAAAGAGGAGAAGUUGAAGUAGUUGGAUUAAUUCGUGUGAAUGAGGAGAGAAAUACAUUUACACCAGAUAAUGAUAUAGAGCAUCAUCAAUGGUAUUGGGCUGAUGUAGAAACAAUGGCUAAAAUGGCCAAUGCGCAACCUGUGAUGAUUGAGCGUGUAUCAUAUUCGUCGCCUUCGAAAGAAUAUAGUUUAAUUGAAAAAGGGAUUCCUGUUGGAAGAUCACCUACAGUAGAGAUUCGUAAUCAUCAUUUGAAUUAUUUAAUUACUUGGUAUUCACUCUCUAUUGCAACUUCCAUCAUGCUUUGGAAACUAUUAAGAAAGCCUCCUGUCAGACCAAGACAACCAAGGCGAUCUUAUUAG